AAACAAACUUCAUUCAAAAGCAACAAUAAUCAGAUACGUUGUUUAAACAAGCGCGAGAAAAAUCUGUGCGAAUCACUCACGGUCGGAGACUCACGAUGUUGCUAUUAUUUCAGUCGUGUUUUUGUUUAGUUCAUAUUGAGUUUAUAAACUUUUGUGAUCAUUAACAUUCUGACCGAGCGACCAAGCAGUUGCCUCACGCGACACUAACCGCCAACAGUUAGAAAUGAUCCGAAAUUUGGCGAUACUUCAAAUAAUUGUAGUAACUCUAUCCAUAACAUCGUGUGAAGUGAGCAGGGAAAAAAGAGGAAGACGAAAGAACGACUACCCAGACAAGUCUCUGUGGAAGAAAGAAUACGAGGAUGAGUUGACUGAUGCCAUGCUUAAUUCUAGAAAGCGAGAUAACACUACACGUGUGGCGCAGUCCAUAUCUACGAGCGACAAUGAAGCUGUCCUUGAGAAACUAAUGGACACCAUCACUGCAAGCGAAAAGUCUCUUAAGAAAGUUGAUAGUAUCGAUUUUAGAUUAAAUCGAUUGGACAUAGAAGUUCAUGAAAAAACAAAUAGUAUAUUAAAACAAUUGGGAGAUAUUAUGAAAGCUCUACGUAAUGAAGUAUACUCGGAGAAGUUGGAAACAACUUUGGAGAAUUUGAAGACGGAUUUAAGCCAUAUUAAAUUUGCUAUGGACAAGAGUCCGCGUACAAACAACGCCGUUGAUGGCGCAGAGUACCACGUGGACUCAUUCAUGGAAAAUCGUCUGUCUGUGUUGGAUACCAACGUGAAGAACAUAAUGGCUGGAGUGGACACCAUUGUGUCAACAAUAAAUGAAGUUAAGAACCGUCAGUAUGCCAGGACUUUUGUAAAACAGGAAGCAAAUAGUGUUAGUGGUGUUAUGGACGCGGCGACCCUCAUUGGAGAGUUCAGGAAGACUCUCCGGGAACAGAAGAACAAGAAAUGUGAUUGCAAGAUGGGUCGUAUCGACCGUUCCGAGCGAUAUCCUACGGACUGUCACGAGAUACAGAUGCAAGGGUUCAACGUUUCGGGCAUCUACAAGAUCAAACCUGAUGAGAUGGAACCUUUCUAUGUGUUGUGUGACUUGACUACCGCCGGCGGGGGGUGGACAGUUUUGCAAAAUCGUUUUGACGGCUCACAAGACUUUUACAAAGGGUGGUCGGAUUAUGAGAACGGGUUUGGUAACCUCGCCGGGGAGUUCUGGUUGGGCUUGGAGAAAAUCAGCUACCUCACCAACCAGAAGCUCUAUGAGCUGAGGAUAGAGAUAGAGACCCAGCACGGGCAGGAUGGGUAUGCUGGGUACUCCGUGUUCACGGUGGGACCUGAACUGGAGGGGUACAGGAUUAGCACGCUGGGAACAUAUUACGGAACAGCGGGCGAUUCCCUCUCAUACCACGCAGGACAGAAGUUCUCGACCUUCGACAUGGACAACGACGAGUGGAAGGACGGCUCCUGCUCCGCUGAGCACGGCGGCGCCUGGUGGUAUAAGGAAUGCGACAAGAGUAAUCUCAACGGAAAGUAUUCGUUAUCGGCGGACGAGAAUCGAGGGCAGACGAUCUACUGGAUAUCGUUCAAGGGCCCGAACUACCCGCUCACCAAAACCAAGAUGAUGAUCAGGCCACUUCCAGCGAGUAAACCCAUCGACUUCGGUGAUGGAAACAGGAAAGUUCGUAUGAAGGACGUGAAAGUGACGUACGACAUGGGGCACAAGCACGCCCCGCACCGCUACGACGACCACACACGCGCCGAGGCGUUCUUCCCUAACUACGCGUGAGCGCCCGCGCCGCUGCGCAUGCGCCGCCGCGCCGCAUACACCAAUGCAUUCUGUCUAGAGCCGACACUAUUCUACAUUUACUGCCCACUGUCAGCAGUCUUCAUUGUAUUUACAACAUUGUCGAAAUAGAAAAUUGUACCUUUGACAUAAAUAAGUACUUAAUAUUUUUAACCGACUUCAAAAAAAAAGAGGAGGUUCUCAAUUCGACUGUAUUUUUUUACGAUUUAUACUUCAAGUGUCGAUACAUUUCAGGUAAAGCGUUCAUCAUUUUUUUGGAUGAUGAAGUUAGGAUAGACUUUAUGACCAUUGUUCGACCCUCGUUAUUAUAAACAGUGCCACUAGUGUCCGACCGCAGGUCAUAUUGUCGUUGAAUGAGUUUCAACGACAAUAUGUUCGAUAGGCUAAUAAGUGGCAUUGCACAUAAGUGUACCACAUAACAAAUGCAGCCGACUUCACCCGACUGUACUGUAUGUCAAAUACUUUAUAAUAGUAUAUACUAUAGAAACAGAAUUGGCAUGUUUUCACGGCCUUGUAAAAGUCCCUAUACCUACCUAUAUUAUAUAGAACCUGCAUGGUAUUAGCAAAUAUACAAUGGGCAGUGAAUGUAUCACUGAGCUAGAGCGAGAUUUAGUUUUUUGAUGACAAUAUUUAUUAUCUUCUGCCUUUUUGGGGCUAUUUCUUAUUUUCGUAACUUUUAAACGUUUUAAACGGGUGCUUUUCGCCCUAUCCCACGGCCGGUUCUGACUCUUGUUUUCUAUUGCGAAAAAUAUUCUAUUUUAGUGUAUGAAAGGCUAUUUAAUGUCAAACGAUACGAAUAACUGUUCUUCUACUGUUUAAUGAUUUUAUAAGUCUAAUUCAAGACAAGGAUAUAGCACCAAGGACCUUAGAUCAAUGACUAACGAAAUGAAAUUAGCAAUAAAGGUUAUCACUGGCAAUGUCACACCGCGCCUUGUCAAAGAGAGAAAAAGAAUAUUUAGUUUUGCCUAGGAUUUAUUGUUUACGGCUAAUUUCAAUGAACGAUGAAUUGCUAUUUUCACAUCUAUCGCUCAGAACAAUAACAAGCAAUCGUGAAUCUGAACCAAUUAGAACUUUGUUUAUUUAACAUAGGUACUUCCUAUUUAUUUUGAUUGGUUUCUUCUCUGAAUUGACUUAAGAUUCCUUUAAGAAUUGUUAAUUGAAAUCGACUAUAAUACCUAAAAAUUGUGUAAUAGGCAACCCUUCAAACAACGUUUUUUCGAGUGUAUGAGUAUAAUUGUAACUUAAAAAAGAGAAAUAAAAUUGUUUUCAAUCAA